AUGUGGUUGCUGAAGAAAUCUGUAUACAAAGUUUUCUGUGGAGGGGAAACCGAAGAUGAACUACUGGCAACGAUGCAGAAAUUGCAGAGUCGAGGAGUGAAGAUCGUUCUAGAUUACGCUGUAGAAGCGUCACCCGACGACGUCACCUCCUUGAAUGCUAACGUUUUCGACAACAACGCAUGCUCAAUUUGGAAUGCGGUGGUGACAGCGGCAGCGGGGUACGACGCCCUUGUAGCGCUGAAGGUCAGCGCUCUAGGCCCCGUCUCUACAAUCGAGCGUGCAGGCGAGGUCAUUGCUGCAGUGGAAAGAUUAUUCGCAGAACUCUGCGGUAUGCCGGCUUUCCGCAGCCACGAACGAAUACUCCCCGAUCUCCUUAUGCGAAAAGAACUCACGAAGGCGGCCUUUGUUAGCAGCAUUCAGCAAUUAAUAGCUGAGGCAAAUGUGCCCCAGGCAUCAGAGGAGGAUAUUAACCUUGUCUUCCGUGCGCUUCUUGCGCAGCCUGGUGGCGGCGAAGACAAAUCUAAAGUUUCUUACUUCCAGUGGACUCAUUUACUGCAGCCGCACAAAGUCGGAAGGGGCAACUUGUCUGUUUUUAAGCAGUUGAUACCACCUCUCUCCGACGCUGAUGCCAAGGAAGUGGCAGCAGCUGAGGAGAGACUAUCGAAGCUUUGCGAGAUGACAGCAAAUCUUGGAACCAAAGCAGGUCUGCUUGUGGAUGCAGAACAUUCACGACUUCAAGGGUUUAUUCGCAAUCUCACGUGUAAUGUCCAAAAGCGGUUCAACAAAGACGGAAAGUUCCUGAUUUACAAUACGUACCAAGCGUAUCUCAAAGAAACCAAAAGCCAGCUUCGAUCAGAUCUGGAGAUGGCCCGUCGGUUUGGAUUCAGAAUUGCUGUGAAACUCGUCCGCGGAGCUUACUUGUCUUUUGAGCGCAAGUCAGCGAAGGAACACGGCUACCCCUGCCCUGUCCUUGAUUCAUUGGAAGACACACACGAGUCAUUCGAUUCUUCCAUGCAUCAUCUCCUGGAUCAUAUUGGUCGAGUGGCCGUCUUUAUCGGUACUCACAACGCCGAGUCUGUUCGGAAGGCCACCGCUCUGUUGUCGGAAUUUUGUCAACGGUCCAACGACGUAGCUCGCAGUGAGGAGGCGUCUGGUUGUCUCUCUGUGACAGCCUCUUUCCCUGCUGCCAACAAAAGACAGCUGUUGACGCCAGCAAGUCUACCUGUAUCGUUUGGACAACUUCUUGGAUUGAGUGAUGACCUUACAUUCAUGCUGAGCUCUUCCGGAUUUAAGGUAUAUAAAUACGUUCCUUAUGGCCCUGUUAAUGUUACAAUACCAUACCUCCUCCGACGUGUUCAAGAAAACUCCGGCAUUAUGGGGAGGGCUGGUGCCGAGCUGGUAAUCCUUUAUAAGGAAAUCAAACACCGGCUCCGUUCACUGAUAAGGGCGAAAAAGUAG